ACAAAAAUUGUGAAGAAUGAUGAAACCACUAUCAGAAAAAGUGUAUCAGGAGGAUAGGAAGCUUGAUGAGGUGGUCUGGUUAAGACGAGAAGAUGUUGGUAGCAGCAAAUUGCCAAUUGUUUACUCCAAAAAGUAUGCGGUCCGCUUUGCUGGCCUUGAAAAGUUGCAUCCCUUUGAUGCAGCCAAAGGAAAACAUAUACAUAAGAGACUAUGCGCAGAACUCCUAUUGGGAAACGGUGACUUCUAUGAACCAAAAGAGGUUACCAAAGAGCAAUUGCGCCGCAUACAUACUCGAAAAUAUUUAACAUCGCUGGAGUGCAGCAUGAAUGUGGCAUCAAUUGCUGAGGUCCCACUGCUAAGUUUCGUACCCAAUACAUAUGUCCAAUCGUGCUACUUGCGUCCGAUGCGUUUCCAAACUGCCGGCUCCAUUUUGGCCGGCAAGUUGGCCUUGGAAUACGGAUGGUCUAUCAAUUUGGGAGGUGGAUUUCAUCAUUGUUGCACCUCGAAGGGUGGCGGUUUCUGCCCUUAUGCCGAUAUAUCCAUGCUGGUCGUUCGACUCUUUGAGUUGGAACCGUUUCGUGUGCAACGCAUUAUGAUUGUGGACCUGGAUGCUCAUCAGGGUAAUGGACAUGAACGUGAUUUUCACAAUGUGGCCGCUGUUUACAUUCUGGACAUGUACAAUGCAUCCAUCUACCCAAAGGAUCAUGAGGCCAAAACCACCAUACGAUGCGCUGUAGAGCUACGUCCGCGUACCGAGGACUCUUUCUACUUGAAGAAAUUGGCCCAAUGCCUAAAAACGGCAGUUGCUGAGUUUAAACCGAAUGUGGUGAUCUACAAUGCAGGCACCGAUAUACUCGACGGCGAUCCGUUGGGCAAUUUGGCCAUCACACCGGGCGGAGUUAUGGAAAGAGAUCGCCUUGUGUUUAGCACAUUUCGUGCAUUGAAUAUACCAAUUAUCAUGUUGCUCAGUGGUGGCUACGUCAAGAAAUCGGCUUGUGUUAUAGCCGACUCGAUUGUUAAUCUACGACGAAAGGGUUUGCUUAACUAAAUUGAAAAUUAGCAAUGUAUGAAUGAGAGAAGAGAUUGUGCUGAUAAAAUCAAAGAAUUUAUAAACCAAAGGAUAAUUGUGUGCUGUGAGGUAUAGAGGGAAAAGUGUUUGAAAAAUGAAACCACAUUUAAUCCUAAAAAAAUAUAUACUUAAUUCAACAAACAAUAAUAUAUGUAUGUAUGUCUACUCAAAGAUAAAUGUUAGAGGAUGAAUUCUACAGAUAUAAACUAUUUUUGUAUAUUUCGGACAGUUUUGUAAACGAAAUUCUAACAAAUAUCCAAAUUUUUACCAUUUAUCCUAAGAAUAUUUAUUUAUAUUCGUUAUAGUUAAUUAUAAUUCAAACGAUUAUGAAAAUUAUCAUAAAUCCUACUAACUGUGGUAAAAAAUUUGCUAAAAGCGCUGUUAAGUUUCAAAAUCACAAUCCCAGACUAUACAAUAUAAAUUAUAAAUAUAUUUUUGUAGGAGCUAAAAUUUUAAUUCUAUACAUUAAGGAACCUAUUCUUUAACCUCUUAAUGGAAAUUCAAAGAUAUCUCGAAAUUGACAGUCAUUUGAUCAUAUUUCUCACUUGCUUUAAAUUAUCUAUUUUAAAAAGUAACAUUGCUAAACUUUACCAUUGAAAGAUCCUGUAAGCUCAAUAGUUUAUUCAUUCAUCAAUGGAAUAAUAACAAUAAAUAAAUGAAUCGAUAUAUUAAAUUACAUAGAUAUCACGUGAAUCGGGUCAAAUUAAAAAAGAACUAUAUUCUAUAUACCUUUACAAGAAGUCAUUUGAGAUUCCAUUAAUUGUCUAAAAUAGAGGAAUACUUAAAAAAGAGAGAGAGAUGCCAUUAAUUGUCUAAACUAGAGGAAUACUUAAAAAAGAAAUCAUCAUUUGAGAUUCCCACAAUUGUCUAAAAUAGAGGAACACUUAAAAAAGAAAUCAUCAUUUGAGAUUCCAUUAAUUGUCUAAAAUAGAGGAAUACUUAAAAAAGAGAGAGAUGCCAUUAAUUGUCUAAAAUAGAAGAAUACUUAAAAAAGAAAUCAUCAUUUGAGAUUCCAUUAAUUGUCUAAAAUAGAGGAAUACUUAAAAAAGAAAUCAUCAUUUGAGAUUCCGUUAAUUGUCUAAAAUAGAGGAAUACUUAAAUAAGAGAGAAAUGCCAUUAAUUGUCCAAAAUAGAGGAAUACCUAAAAAAGAAAUCAUCAUUUGAGAUUCCAAUGAUUGCUAAUAUAUCGGAAUACUUAAAAAAGAAAUCAUCAUUUGAGAUUCCGUUAAUUGUCUAAAAUAGAGGAAUACUAAAAAAAGAGAGAGAUGCCAUUAAUUGUCUAAAAUAGAGGAAUACUUAAAAAGGAUAUCAUUAUUUGAGAUUCCAAUAAUUGUCUAAAAUAGAGGAAUACUUAAAUAAGAGAGAGAAGCCAUUAUUUGUCUAAAAUAGAGGAAUACUAAAAAAAGAAAUCAUCAUUUAAGAUUCCGUUAAUUGUCUAAAAUAGAGGAAUACUUAAAUAAGAGAGAGAAGCCAUUAUUUGUCUAAAAUAGAGGAAUACUUAAAAAAGAAAUUAUCAUUUGAGAUUCCUUUAAUUGUCUAAAAUAGAGGAAUACUAAAAAAAGAGAGAGAUGCCAUUAAUUGUCUAAAAUAGAGGAAUACUUAAAAAGGAUAUCAUUAUUUGAGAUUCCAAUCAUUGUCUAAAAUAGAGGAAUACUUAAAAAAGAAAUCAUCAUUUAAGAUUCCUUUAAUUGUCUAAAAUAGAGGAAAACUUAAAAAAGAAAUCUCAUUUCAGAUUCCUUUAAUUGUCUAAAAUCUCUAUUUUAUUCCUCUGAAUACUUAAAAAAGAAAUCAUCAUUUAAGAUUCCGUUAAUUGUCUAAAAUAGAGGAAUACUUAAAUAAGAGAGAGAAGCCAUUAUUUGUCUAAAAUAGAGGAAUACUAAAAAAAGAAAUCAUCAUUUGAGAUUCCAAUAAUUGUCUUAAAUAGAGGAAUACUUAAAAAAGAGAGAGAAGCCAUUAAUUGUCUAAAAUACAGGAAUACCUAAAAAAGAAAACAUUUGAGAUUCCAUUAGGCGUCUAAAAUAGAGGAACACUUCA